UGAAUUGACACGCAAUCCAUUCAUCAGCGCGAUGCCGCAACACUUUGAGAAGGCAGUUGUGGUGGGAGUGAGCGGCGCAGGCAAGUCGACCCUUGCGCAAGCUCUAGCGACGAAGUUGAAGCUCGCCUUCAUUGACACGGAUGCCUUGUUGUGGGAGCCAAAUUGGCAACGCGCCAUCGACUACGACGACAAGCUCACCAAAGCUUGUGACGGGCCAACGUGGGUCGUGGCAGGCGCUGACAAGGUCGCGUUGAGUCGCGCCACGACGGUCAUCUGGCUGGACUAUUCGCUCUGGACUACGUUUUGGCAGCUCUUUUGGCGAACCAUGAAGCGGUGCUGGACGCAAGAGCUGUUGUGGGGCACGAAUCGGGAAAGCAUUUGGGUGCAACUGCAAUUGUGGUCGCCCAACUCGGUGUUUCACUGGCUCUUCAAAAACUACUGGGCGCGCAAGCGGGCGUACCCUGCUCUGCUUGCGCAAUACCCGCACUUGACGGUGCAUCAUUUCAAAUCCCCCAACGAAACCUCUGCGUGGCUGCGCAGUUUAAGCCCGACGUCUUGAUCACGAUCUGCAGUGAAUGAAUAUCCACUUUGCAGUGGAAUAUCCACGUGCGGAAUUUGUUUAUGCUUCGACCAAUAAAGUAUAAAUGGUGCUUUCUUCGAACCCCCGAACCGCAUAGUACUUGGCCGUAAAUCAGUAUAUUCUGCACCAGGGCUUCUCGUUGCUGUAGACAUGCCAGGCCAAACAACGAGGGCUCCUCUUGGAAUACAGAAACUAAAACUAAAUGUUCAUAAUAUAUCUAUGCCGAUACUAGCA